AUGCAGACGCCAGAGUCGCAGGUCGAGAUGGGCAUGCCGCCUGCAUCUGCCUCGCCGACCUUUCUCCAGCGCGCCAAGGACUGGGCCAUCGGCCACAAGAAGAUUGUAAGCGCCCUUGGCGCCGUUGCCAUGAUUGGCACCGUCCUCGCGGUCGUGACCGCCAGCCCCAGCGUGGACAGCGCCACCGGUGUUUCGACCGGUGCGAACGGCGCCGGUAUCUGCUACGAUUCGACGGAGAACCCGGCGGACCUCGAGCGCCAUUUUGGCUUGAUCAAGCAAAAGUACUCGUCCGUGCGCACGUAUCAAGUGACGUACGGUGGCAAGAACAUGAUCGACGCGGCCGCCAAAGCCGGCCUCUCGAUUGCUGUUGGUGUCUGGAUCGAAGGCGGCAACUGGGACAAGGAGCUCCAAGCCGCAAUUGAUGGCACGAAGCGCCAUCCGGGCAGCGUCAAGGCCAUCUACAUUGGCAACGAAGAGCUCCACAAGGGCUGGGGCGCCGGUGCCGUCGUCGACGCCAUCAACAAGGGCAAGUCUGCGAUCCGGGCCGCGGGCCUCAACGUGCCCGUUGGUACCGUCCAGAUCGACGGUGAUUUCUUGCGCAACCCGCAGGUCGCGGAUGCGUGCGACUCGAUCGGUGUCAACAUCUACCCGUUCUUCAGCGGCCCCGAGUCGAUCACCAACCCGAUGGGCGAUUUGAACGCGCGCUGGAGUGCGAUCACUAAGAAGUGGGGCGGCAAGGCUCGCAUCACGGAGACAGGGUGGCCUUCGACCGGCGGCUCGUACAACGGCCACCACUCGACGUACGACAACGCCAAGAGCUACUUUGACAAGUUCAACGACUGGGCUGGCUCGAACGGCGGCGACACGACCUACUACUUUAUGUUCAAGGACGUCCCCAACAAGGGCGGCUACGAGACCCACUUUGGUGUCAUGGACGGCAACGGCAACUGGAACCCGACGCCGAGUCCGACACCAGAGCCGACGACGGCGACACCGGAGCCCACUACCGUGACGCCCGAGCCCACGACAAUCGAAGUCGCAUUCAACGGCUCGUCGUCCAGCAACGGCACGGCUCCGUCAAACAACUCAACGGGAUCUUCCAACUCGUCCUCGAACGGUGAAGAAGAUUCGCUGCUUGGUACGCCGGUGACGCUUGUUCCGUCGUCGGGUAGUACGCCUGGUGGUGCCUCGGGUGCUACUCCUGGUACUCCCGGUACGGGUGGUACGGGUGCGACCAAGGCCGGCGGCCAGGAGACGCUCAACCAGAACAACGCCAACACGGGCGCCGCCGAUGACUCGAACGGCAGCAAGUCGGCGGUCUCGUACGUUCUCGGAGGCAUGGCGCUCGUCGGUGUCGCGGCCGUCACGGUGCUCGUCGUCAACAACCGCCGCAAGAACCGCCUCCUCGAAGACGAGAAGGACAUCUUCAUGUCGACCCGCGACGAUAGCAUGAUGGCCGUGCUCCAGACGCGCAAGAGUGCCAUUGCCGUUUUGUAA